UCAUGUUUAUCUCAUUUGUUGGUUUUUUAUUUGUUCAUUUCAAAGGAUUAAAAUCUAUUGCGUUACACAGGAUCGUAUGAUAUAGAUAUCCUAAACAAGUCUUUAUUUCACCGCAAAAUGAAAUAAUAUAAUUGAAAUAGUAUACAUUUCACAAAGCUGGUUACAAACAUUUCCUUGAUAAUAACAUCUAUAUGAAAAAUUAUCUUAUCACAUUAUUAGGAAAGAUGAUGAUCUUAUCUCUAUUAUUUUUCAAUAGAGACAUGGCCGAUCAAGUCACAAAAAUAUUUGAUGUAGAUGAAAUUAUCAAAAACUUGUUAAAAGGAUGGAAUCCCACAAAAUCUAUCACUGCUUUGAAACCAGUAGAAUUGACUGCAGCGGAAAUACAAACCUUAUGUCAGAAGUCUAGAGAGAUUUUUUUGAAACAGCCAAUUUUAUUAGAACUUGAGGUGCCGUUGAAAAUUUGCGGUGAUAUCCAUGGCCAAUACCCUGAUCUAUUACGAUUAUUUGAAAUGGGGGGAUUUCCUCCAGAUGAAAAUUAUCUCUUUCUUGGUGAUUAUGUAGACAGGGGUAAGCAAUCACUGGAAACAAUAUGUCUCUUAUUAGCUUACAAAAUUAAAUACCCAGAAAAUUUCUUCCUACUUAGAGGUAACCAUGAAUGUGCUUCGAUCAAUAGAAUCUACGGCUUCUAUGACGAAUGUAAAAGAAGAUAUAAUAUAAAAUUAUGGAAGACAUUCACUGAUUGUUUCAAUUGUCUUCCGAUAGCAGCCAUUGUAAAUUCGACGAUAUUUUGUUGUCACGGAGGACUUAGUCCGUCACUUGAUUCCAUGGAUCAAAUUCGCAACAUAGAGAGACCCACUGAUGUGCCCGACUCAGGUUUAUUGUGCGAUUUACUGUGGUCCGACCCAGAGAGAAACAUUAAAAAACUAGAAGACAAAGACGUGUUAGGAUGGGGUGUAAACGAAAGGGGUGUUUCUUUCACCUUUAAUGAAGAUGUAGUCAUUAAAUUCCUUAAUCGUCAUGAUUUGUCGUUAAUUUGUCGUGCUCAUCAAGUAGUAGAAGACGGCUAUGAAUUUUUUGCCAAACGUCAGCUGGUUACAUUGUUCUCAGCGCCGAAUUAUUGUAACGAAUUCGAUAAUGCUGGUGCUAUAAUGUCGGUAUCAGAAAACCUUUUUUGCAAAUUUCAGAUUCUUAAACCAUCAGAAAAAAAGGCUAAGCCUCAAUAUAAACCUCCAGACAGGAAGCUUGAAUUAGAAGAAUAAUGAAAAUAUCAUUCAACGUUGUUUAUUUUAAUAAUUUAUUUAAAUAAAAUUUUUAAUGAACAUGAAUUAAAUAAAAUUUUUUAUUGUUAGA